AUGUCGAAGGAACUGAAUUUAAAGACAGCGGCACUUGAAAAGAUCAGCCAUCUUGACUAUUUCAAUAUAGCCAUCUCGGUCGACUGUGUCAUUUUCGGUUAUGAAAACAAAGAGCUUAAAGUACUACUGAUAGAAUCCGACCUGGAAGAAUUUUCAGGAUUGAAUUCUUUACUCGGUGAUCUCGUACGUCCCGACGAAGACCUCGAAAGCGCUUCUUAUCGUGUACUCGCCGAUCGUACCGGCCUGGAAGAUGUGUACCUCGAGCAGGUUCACACUUUCGGUAGCCUCGGUCGUCACCCUUCUGGUCGUGUAAUCACCACCGCCUAUUAUGCAUUGAUCGAUAUCACCCAUCAUAAACUCAGCAUCGAUCAUCAUGACCUUCACUGGCAUGCCGUUAAUGAUAUCAAGAAACUAGCCUUUGACCAUUGGCAAAUUUUGACAACCUGCCUCAACAGGUUGCGUAACCAG